UGAGGAUAAUGAGGAGUUGUUACUUUUUGCUUGCCUUAUUGUUAUCUCUUUCUUCUACAUUUGCUGUCACAAAUGAAGAAAAAAAUUAUGUAUCUGCAGUUGGUGAUCCUGGGAUGAGGAGAGAUGGUCUGAGAGUGGCAAUUGAGGCAUGGAAUCAGUGCAAUGAGGUUGGACAUGAAGCUCCGUUCAUGGGUAGUCCCAGAGCUGCUGACUGUCUCGAUGUCGACAAUUCUCAAUUUCCAGAUGUAAAAUUAAUCCACAAGGUGAACGAGAUGGACAACAGGCUAGGUGUCAAUAACUCUUUCUUUGGUAAGCUUGUUAAUGUAAACCAGUUUGCAGCCAAGAAAGAGGUCUACUUGGGUAACAAAUGCCAGGUAUGGGAUGUACCAAGGCCAUGGCAGUUUUGGAUGAUCAUGCUCAAGAGUGGCAACAUGGAUACGCUAGCGGCAGCGUGCCCAGAGAAUGGGAAGAAGUCGAAACCCUUCCCACCCGAAACGAAGUUCCCAUGCUUCGGCAAAGGGUGUAUGAACAUGCCAUUAAUAUACCACCAUUACACAAGCUUGCAUCAAGGAGAGCAGGGUACUACCACCCUAAAGGGUGGUUUCUAUGGGACAUGGGACUUGGAUGCCAAUGUUAAGAAUGGGCCAAUUGCAAAUACAUCUUAUUACUCAGUUACUUGGAAGAAAGAGCUUGGGAAGGGUAGUUGGAUGUUCCAUCAUGUGCUGAGAACAAAUUAUAAGUAUCCAUGGCUUAUGCUCUACUUAAGGUCUGAUGCCACAAGAGGAUUUUCUGGUGGGUAUCAUUAUGAAACCAGGGGAAUGUCAAAAAUUAUACCAAAGUCUCCCAAUUUCAAAGUUAGGUUCACUCUAGACAUAAAAAAGGGAGGAGGUCCAAGUAGCCAAUUCUAUCUAAUGGACAUUGGAAGUUGUUGGAAGAAUGAUGGCCGUCCUUGCGACGGAGAUGUGACGACAGAUGUCACACGAUAUAGUGAGAUGAUCAUCAAUCCUAUCACAGAAGUCCGGUGCCGCCCCGACAAUUUAACACACUGCCCACCUUAUCAUACCCUUCCUAAUGGCAGUCAAAUCCAUCGCACUGACAAGGAGAACUUCCCUUAUGAUGCGUACCAUCUUUAUUGCUCACCAGGGAAUGCAGAACACAUAGAAGAGCCAUCUAACUAUUGUGAUCCAUAUAGCAACCCUCAGCCCCAGGAAAUACUGCAAAUACUACCACAUCCAGUCUGGGGAGAGUAUGGGUACCCAACCAAAAAAGGUGAGGGAUGGAUUGGUGAUGCCAGGACUUGGGAGCUGGAUGUAGGGAGGUUGUCGCAGUCACUUUACUUCUACCAGGACCCAGGUACCAAACCCGUAGAGAGAACUUGGCCAUCAAUUGACUUGGGUACUGAAAUAUAUAUAAGCAAAACUGAUGAAGUUGCAGAGUGGACUGUUAGCGACUUCGACAUUAUGGUUCCUGAAGGUGAAGAUAUAAUUAAUCAUGAGAAAAUGUCAACAUACCAUCAAAGGGAACUGUAG